AUGGCUAAUCAUCUUCUUGCCAUACGGAAGCCUAGCCAUACAAACCACCCUCCUCGCGUUGGCAAGAACUGGGUGUCAAAUCUAGUGGCACGCCGUCCAGAGCUCCAAUGCCGCUUCUCAAGACGCUAUAACCAUGAUCGGGCCAAGUGUGAAGACCGCAGGAUUGUGGAGGAUUGGUUUAAGACCCUAGAGAGGGUAAUGACUGAGCAUGGGAUUGUGUUUGAAGAUAUUUACAACUUUGAUGAAGCUGGGUUUGCAAUGGGGCUCUGUGCAACUACCAAGGUCAUUACUAGUGCUGAGCACUACGGACGAGCAACUCUUAUACAGCCUGGGAAUCGUGAGUGGGUGACUGCAAUUGAGUCAGUCAACGCGUCAGGAUGGGCCCCUCCGCCGUAUAUUAUCCUCAAAGGUCACAAUAUUCAGGAAGGCUGGUUUGACGGGCUGCCGGAAGGCUGGAGAUUGGAUGUUAGUCCUAAUGGCUGGACCACAGAUGAGAUAGGAAUCAAAUGGCUUACACGGCUGUUUAUUCCAGCUGCAAAUCCACGCAGGGUUGGAACCCAUAUUCUUCUUAUUCUGGACGGGCACGGCAGUCAUCUUACUCCGGAAUUUGACCAAAUCUGCAGUGAGAAUAAGAUUAUUCCUCUCUGCAUGCCACCACAUUCUUCACACCUUUUGCAGCCACUAGAUGUGGGUGUUUUUGCACCUUUAAAGCGCGCGUACGGAACCCUAGUUGAACAGCGAAUGCGGCUAGGAUUCAACACCAUUAAGAAGGCAGAUUUCCUAGAUGCCUAUCCUGCAGCACGUCGGGAAGCCUUCAAGGCUUCAAACAUUCAAAGUGGGUUCAGGGCCACUGGAAUAGUUCCAUUGGAUCCUCAAUGCGUUGUUCAGCAGCUGAAUAUUCAACUCCGAACCCCUACUCCCCCAGCCAGCAGGUCAAGCAAUUCAACGUCAUCCUGGAUCCUACAAACACCUAGUAACCCCCGGCAAUUGCAGAAGCAGGUGAAUAAGGUCAGAAAUCUUAUGGAUCAGGAUCAACCUCAUGGGUUAGUGGAAGGCUUUGACCAAAUAAUCAAGGCCUGCGAAUACGGGAUGGUCAGCGCCAUGGUUAUGAAGAAGCAGUAUGAGGAUAUUUUCAAUGCAAAUGAGAAAGAGAAGCAAAAACGCAAGAGGUCUACACGCAGGAUCCCAAUUAAUAACUACAACGAACAGGUGAAGGAGAGCAAGAUUGUGCAUUCGCGAGUCUGGGAAUACUAA